UAAAAAAUUAUUUUAGUUAGUGAUAUUAUUUAACUUCAGCCCAACAGUCUAAUAUUUUAUAUAGAACACUAUUUGAAACAAGGUUGGGCCCCUCUUUAUACUAAUCAAGCAAUGGCGGGAACAACUAGUUUUGCUCAAAAAUUGGGUAAUUCUGUUAAGAAAGUGUCAGAGAACAAAUCUUCAAGCUGGUGGUACAAUCAUCACAUGCGUGCUGCAUCUCGUGCCAUUUCUCAGCGUAUCCCGCUUGUUGAUUUUGUGCUUGAAGUCAGAGACGCUAGGGUUCCGGUGUCAUCGGAAUAUGGGUCAUUGAGAUACUUCCCAUCUUCAUCCAGGAACAUAAUCAUCCUGAACAAAAUGGAUCUCGCAAGUCACUCGAAAACAAAGGAAUGGAUGGCUUACUUUAAGGAGCAAAAUUACAUAACUUAUGCUAUCAAUUCUCAUAACAAGGACAAUAUCAAGGAGUUUUUGAACUUUCUUCAAGCUAAAAUUAGAGACUUAAGAAGGAACAUGCAUUUGAGUAACACUCUCACAACUACAGUGAUGCUGGUUGGAAUUCCAAACGUUGGGAAAUCUGCUUUUGCAAACUCUUUGCAUCAAAUAGGACGAGUUACCGCUGCAGAAAAGGGUAAGUUAAAACAAGCCAAAGUGAGUCCACAUCCGGGGGAGACAAAAGAUAUUAUAAGUUUAAAGAUCGCGAGUCAUCCUAAUGUAUAUAUCUUGGACACCCCUGGAAUUUUGCCUCCCGAGAUUGCUGACGUUGAACGAUCAUCCAAAUUGGCUUUAACUGGAGCUAUUGCUGACUAUCUGUUUGACCAGUCAGAGCUUGCUCAAUAUUUUCUCUCUAUACUCAAUCUCAGUCAUGAAUACAAGAAAUGGGGAAAAAUUUCAGAGUCAGACAAGGAGAAUCAAAUUAUGAACGACCAUACGCAGGAUUUAGUUGUUCAGGCUGUUCGUCGAGCUUUAUUUGAGGAGAUCUCAGCCUUUGAUGGUAACCUGGAAGACGAGAAUGAUAUGGUACAACUGAUUGAAGCACAGUUUACAACCCUGAGAAAAGUUUUCAAUGUAAAUUCUGAUUCGUUUGAUACUGCUAAUAACAUAGUUGCUUCCAAGCUUGUUAAUCUGUAUCGUACGGGUAGACUUGGUCAUUAUACUUUGGAUAGCCUACCAAGGACAAAUUAUUAGAAUUUACAUGGACCAUUUAUCAUUAUCUAUGUAUUUUAUUUUUAUUACAUC